AUGGCAGACCACCUUCAAGUUCAGCAGCAACAACAACAGUUGGAGCUUCCAAUGGGGUUCAGGUUCCACCCUACUGAUGAGGAGAUCAUCACCUCCUACCUUGCCCCUAAGAUUCUCAACCCAGCAUUCGACGCCACAGCGAUCGGUGAGGUGGACCUGAACAAGAACGAGCCAUGGGAACUUCCCAAGAAGGCCAAGAUGGGGGAGAACGAGUGGUACUUUUACUGCCAGAAGGACCGCAAGUACCCCACCGGAAUACGAACCAACCGAGCCACAAAGGCUGGCUACUGGAAGACCACGGGUAAGGACAAGGAGAUCGUCAAUCCACAUUGCACGUCCAUGCUCAUCGGCAUGAAGAAGACAUUGGUGUUCUACAAGGGCAGAGCUCCCAGCGGGGAGAAGACCAACUGGGUCAUGCACGAGUACAGGCUCGAGAUCAAGCAGUCAACAACCGGCCUGCCCAGUGCCAUAGGAAAUGCUGCUUCUAUUAACAUGUCUUCCAAGGAGUAUGUGGUUUGCAGGAUCUUCCAUAAGAACGCUGGAAGUAGGCUUUCAUCCAUGGUGUCACAUGAGGGCAACGGUGGUGCAACACCCACCGACAAGAUCUGGUCGAUGAGCAUGGGUACAGAUGGGGCAUGUUGA